AUGGAAGGCCCAACUGUCGCAGCCGUCGUGAAUGGUGACCACUAUCGCUUCGCCGACCAAGAACCACUUACACCUCCUGAUUCUCAGAACUCCCCAUCGCCGGUCCGUUCGCCCACAGGUCGAAAGAAUGUUCAAGAUGGGGCGCCGCCGAGACAGAACAACAGUUCAUCCGAGUCGGAUAAUACACAAUUUCGACUAGAUGAGGGUCUAAGCAAUGGUCUUGAAAUACAAAAUGGACUUGAGAACAUCACCAAUGGGUUUGUCGACAUGGGUCAUGUUCAUGCGGCGGGAGGGUCUACAUCCACAACCAUGUUGCCAAACGGCGAGACAAAAGACGAGGCUUGUUCGCUCCCUCCCAGUACAGACUUACGUCCAUUGGUUUCGAGGCAUAUCGCAGAACGUCGAUACGGAUUGGAAGUCGAACAAAAUGGGGGAAUAGUGUACAAGCCAUCGCCGGAUCAAUUGCACAGCCUGCCACCUGCUGUUGACUCUCUUCAUGUUCGUCCUGAGGAUUCGCAAAUAACGACACCAGUCUCGAGCGAUGAGCUGAGCCCUCACACGCUCCUGCCCGUCACUGACAAAUCUCCUGAAUCUCCCUAUGAAGAUGUCUUCAGUUCCACUCCGAAGGCAGAACCAAGCACAUCUAGGCAAUCGGAGACGUCAGAGACACGAAGAAGUCGUAACCUCACUAUCGAGACCAGCAACCACCUGCUGCAACCUACAGGCAGUCCUUCACCGAGGCCCAAUCUCCCACAACGGGCUCUAUCUACUCCCAGUUCCCUCAAGAGCCCUCAGUCUCCUCAGAGGCAAGAUAGGAUCGCCUCACGACCAACUCUCAAGAUUCCUGAGACCGGCGCUAAGGUUGAUGGAACUGGAGGAAGAAGACAUUCGUCUUCAGGACGACCUCUCCCGUCCCCUAUGCCUGCAUCGAUUCCAUUGCCGCCUUUGUCAAUCCCGACAUAUCUCCAGCUUGAACUGUCCUCACAACGACCUUCCCAAUUGUACAUCCACAGGUCCGCUAACAGCGACUUUCCGUAUGAGUCUUCACGAGCCAAGGUCGAAAGACUGAUGAACUUCUUGCUGCUUCCCAUGUAUCUCGAGAGCGUCCUGUGUUUCGGGACUCUUGCAUGUCUCGAUUCAUGGCUCUAUACUUUCACCAUUCUUCCGCUUAGGCUCCUCAAAUCCUUUUACAUCCUAGCCAAAUCUUGGUGCAUCAACCUCAUGAGGGAGGUGCAUUUUGUCUUCAAUUUUGUCUACAACGGGACCGGAAGAAUGUGGAGAAGACGGAGGAGCAGUCUUGUGUCGGUCUCUACGCGAAAAGCGUCGAGUUCUGAUGCCAGCGAAAGCAAAACUGCUCAAGCUAUCGCGGCACAAAAUCGCAGGAAUGGCAGACACCAUCAGAGAAUAAAGUCGGUGCCAUCUGCAUUGCUUCCCGAUGACAAAGCGGACAUGCUUAAGGGGCUGCUGAUCAUUUGCACAUGCGUUAUCCUUCUCAGGCUUGAUGCUAGCCGGAUGUACCAUUGGAUUCGUGGUCAAGCCGCCAUCAAGCUGUAUGUCAUUUACAACCUUCUGGAGGUCUGCGAUCGGCUCUUCUCCGCAAUAGGACAGGAUGUUCUCGAAUGUCUGUUCUCCAAGGAAGCCCUCGAACGCAAGCCAGAUGGCCAUAGCAAAGUUCUUCGGCCAUUCUGGCUGUUCGUCCUGGCACUCACCUACACUGUUAUUCAUUCUACAGCUCUGUUCUAUCAAGUCAUCACGCUCAACGUGGCUGUCAACUCAUACUCGAACGCCCUCAUCACGCUACUGUUGUCAAACCAGUUUGUGGAGAUCAAGUCCACCGUCUUCAAAAAGUUUGAGAAGGAGAACCUUUUUCAGUUGACUUGUGCCGACGUCGUUGAACGCUUCCAGCUUUGGCACAUGCUGGUCAUUAUUGCAUCCCGGAACAUCGUGGAAACUGGAGGGUUAAGUGCAGGGUUGAGUGCUUUCGCCAGAGCAUCAACUGCAACAGCGGCGCCUCCACUGACUACGAAUAGCAGCAUUCCUUUUACCAGCGCUCUUCCUCCGAAGUCGGUUAGCUCGAUCCUUCCAAAGUCAUUCACUCUGUUACCGGCAGCAGUCAAUACGAUAACUUCGUACGCGCCAGCUGUCAGUCAGGUGCUCGGGCCGUUUCUGGCAGUCCUUGGGUCUGAAAUGUUGGUUGAUUGGCUCAAACAUGCCUACAUCAACAAGUUUAACAACACCCGCCCGGCAAUAUACGACCGAUUUCUGGAUGUUUUAGCAAAGGAUUAUUACACAAACGCUUUCGGCGACCAAAAUCUCACCAAGCGGUUGGGGUUGCCGGUCAUCCCUUUGAGCUGUCUCUUAAUCCGAGCCACCGUGCAAACAUACCAGAUGUUCAUGGCCGCCUGGGUGCCCUCGAGUUCGCCAAGCUCAUCAACCAGCCUGGCCAGUAUCCACGAGCAUUACUCUGCGGCCCGUUCAAACAUGCCCAUGACCACGAGCACGGCGAUUUCCAAAACCGUCGACGACAUCAUCAGAGCCAUUCCCGUGGCCAUCACCAGCUCCAGCGUCGUCACUCACAUGACGACCAUCCUGUUAUUCCUUCUCUUCUUCCUGAUCCUCCUGGCCUGCAAGCUCGUACUGGGAAUGCUUUUGCUUGCUUUUGCGAGAUCUCGAUACCGGUCGAUGAAGCUGCGCGAGAGAAACCCCAUUUACCACGUUGACGGCGGCCGGCGCGUCGGCGGGUGGGGCGUAGUUGAAGUCGACGACGAUAAACGCAGAUGGAUCUAUGAGGAUGAUCCCGCCGGUCUCAAGGCAUUGCGUGAGAGGGAGGAGAAGGACAAGAAGAACAAGGAAAGGGGGAAUGGAGUCGAGAGUUUUGACAAAGUCAGACGGUACGAGAUGGUGGCGAAGAGGAUAUGGUAG